CGAAUGAAGCAUCCUCAAUUUCUCCGAUCCUUGGCAAACUUCAUGAUUCUUUCUGUGGCACAUCCCCACCAUCAUUGAGCUCGUUAGUGAUGGAGAUAUGCAUUAUUUGGGCUGUCUGUUUAUGCUUUUUGCUGGUUGGUGAUGCAGUACUUGAAGUUGAUCAAGUUGAAGCCUCUCAUCACCCGUACAGAAAUCUUCAAUCACUUUCAAGAGAGCAGCCUUACAGGACUGCUUACCACUUUCAACCUCCUAAAAACUGGAUGAAUGAUCCUAAUGGACCAAUGUAUUAUAAGGGAGUUUACCAUCUAUUUUACCAAUUCAAUCCAUAUGGUGCGUUGUGGGGAAACAUAUCAUGGGCUCAUUCAAUCUCAUAUGAUCUUGUUGACUGGGUUCAUCUUGAGCCUGCAAUCAACCCAUCAGACCCUUUUGACAUCAAUGGCUGCUGGUCCGGUUCAACUACAUUUCUUCCUGGGGGAAAACCUGCCAUUUUGUACACUGGAAUUGACCUCAAAAACCGCCAAGUUCAAAACUUGGCAGUACCCAAGAAUGUUUCUGACCCACUGCUAAGAGAAUGGGUGAAAUCUCCUCAUAAUCCUCUACUCACUCCAAUCGACGACAUUGAUCCACAGAAUUUCAGAGACCCAACAACUGCUUGGCAGGGGCCUGACAGAGUAUGGCGAGUCAUCGUUGGGAGCAAGAUAAAUGGUCUUGGAAUGGCGAUUCUAUAUCGAAGCAGAGAUUUUGUUGAAUGGAUUAGGAGUGAGAAUCCACUGCACUCAUCAACAAAAACUGGCAUGUGGGAAUGUCCAGAUUUUUACCCUGUCAGUGUCAACAACACAAAUGGAGAGGAGAAAUUUUCCAAGCAUGUGCUCAAGGCAAGCUUCCAUAAUCAGGACCACUACAUAUUGGGAAAUUACGUGCCGAUGACAGACAAAUUUGAGGUAGACACUGACUUCUUGGAUGAAGGUUUUGACAUGCGAUAUGAUUAUGGGAAUUUUUAUGCUUCUAAAACAUUCUACGACAGUGGUAAGAAGAGGCGAAUAUUAUGGGCCUGGGUGACCGAGUCUGAUGGUGAAUCAGAUGACAUUGAGAAAGGAUGGUCUGGGCUUCAGUCAAUUCCUAGAAGCGUUCUGCUUAGUGGAACUCGGCAACAAUUAAUACAGUGGCCAAUCAAAGAAAUAGAGAAACUACGUACUAAUAAAGUGAGUUUCCAUGAUAAGGAGCUCAAUGAUGGUUUCAUUUUCGAAGUUUCAGGGAUUACAGCUUCACAGGCUGAUGUGGAAGUUUCAUUUGAUCUGCCUAAUUUGGAUGAAGCUGAGUCUCUAGACCCGAAUUGGGUUGAUCCCCAACUGCUCUGUAGUCAAAAGGGAGCAUCUGGUAGAGGCAGAGUAGGGCCAUUUGGUUUGCUGGUUCUGGCUUCCAAGGACUUGACUGAACAAACUGCAGUCUUCUUUCUCAUAUUUAGAAGGCAUGACAAUUAUGUUGUGCUCAUGUGUAGCGAUCAAAGCAGGUCUUCGUUGAGGGAAGGGCUUGGCAAGACCAUCUAUGGAGCAUUUGUGUCUAUGGAUCAUCGUGAGAGGAAAAUAUCAUUAAGAAGCUUGAUAGACCAUUCAAUUGUUGAGAGUUUUGGUGCGGAUGGGAGGAGUUGCAUAACUGCUAGAGUUUAUCCGAAAUUGGCGAUUCAUAGUGAAAGCCGCCUAUAUGUAUUCAACAAUGGAACUCUGAGUGUUAGAAUUUCGAGCCUGAAUGCUUGGAGCAUGAAGAGAGCUCAAAUUUUUCCUAUGCAAAAGAGACGAAAGCAACAAAUCAAUUACAAGUAAACGUUUUGAGGGUUGAGAGCUGAAACGUGAUAAACAGCUCAACACUUCUUAAUUUCUUUCUUUUUGUUUUGUUCUUGAUUGGUCAGCUUCUCUCAUAUGCUACAUUAGCUUGUCAAGCUAGCUAGCUCGUUUGGUUUUUGGCUUUAGCCUUUUCCCAAAGCCAAUGGCAUCAGAGUAU